AUGCGAUCAAGCUCUGAGGUUCUUCGUCGCUGUUAUGGUGCCUUCAAUGAUGGCAAUGAUUAUAAUGUAUUAAUGGUUGAUGUAAAUACCAAUUAUGACAACCCAGAAAACAAGGACAGCGGUCACAACAGUCAUCACAGCAAUGACAUUAACACCAAGAAAGGAGAUGUGUAUCAGAAAAUGAAAAAGACAGUUACGUCAAUCGUGUGGACGAGAAAGUUAAAGAAAUUUUGUUUAACCUCUGACAUAUUUCCAUUUAAGGGACGAAGGGUGCAGUUCAAAAUCAUGAAGCAACACUCACCCACAAAAACUUGCCCGCACUGCGUACCGACCGUGCACCUCACCAAGCCAGGUCUUCCAGGGAAGAUCGCCCAAGCAGUCAACGCCAUGAUCAGAAAACACUAA